CGCCUCUUUCAUCUUGCGCACCCGUGUGUAACCAGUCACAAUAUAUACAACGCGUUAUUUGAGUUAAAUUAAGAGAAUACUUGUUUGAAUUAAAGAAGAGCAAAGAGAUAAGGCAUUUAUUGUGAAUCAGAUUUCAAAUUGCAUACGUAUCCAAUUUAUUAAAAUGAAAAUGCGCGCAAUUGGAGGAAUACUUGUGGCGUUCUGCUUGCUCCAAAUCAGCACCGCAUAUCCUUCCUUUCGAGACAAGAUACCGAACGGCCACCUGGUUGCGAACCCUUGCAAUAUCUCCGAGAUCUGGUUUGGCGUGGGCCAUAAGCAGAGAUACGGCAACGGGGAAAGAAACCAAUUUGGACUCGACUUCCAUGGACAAGGAAUGCAAUGGACAGAGGACUUGUGCAGGAUGGACUCUGAUGGUGAUGGAGCCAGGAACGGUGAGGAGCUAGGGGACCCGGACUGUAAGUGGGUACCUGGCGGCGUUCUCUUGCAAACACAAGGCAUUACACAUCCCGGUGUCUGCACGGACUCUUCCGGUCACGCAUGCUCAGAGCCAGGUUUUGAGCUGAAGUGUGAAGGGUUUCAAUGUGAGUCGGCAAAAGGAACCGAGGGACUCGAAAUUGUGUUCAAUGAAACUGAAGUAACACGGCAACCAAAAACAUACAAGUGUCAGGCCUUUGCUCUUCCUGCAGACAAGGACUACCACCUCGUAGCUGCCACACCUCACAUUAACAACAUCAAUCACAUUCAUCACAUGACCUUGUUUGGCUGUCCAAAUAAUGCCAAGUUUGAGCCGAGGCAUACGGAUGCACCUUAUGAGUGUACCAUGGACGAUAGGGCAGGAUGCAGCGAUCCCCUACUGGUGUGGACAAUUGGUGACCUGGGGGUUUGCUUCAGCAACGAACAGGCGGCCUGGCGUUUGGGGAAAACGGGAUACAAAUAUGUCAUGAUAGAGACCCAUUACCAUAACGGUAUGUUGAUGAGCGGUGAAGUAGAUGUGUCUGGUUUAACAUUGCACUAUACCGAGACUUUGCGACAAAAUGAUCUUGGAGUCUUUCUUGUGGGACAGACAUUGCUAUAUAUUCCGCCGAGUAAAAAUAGCUAUGAAGUGAGUGGGGUGUGCAAGGGAAACUGCAUUGGAGAGGAUUUAUUGCAGGAAGAAAUUACCAUUAUAGGGGGACAAAAUCACAUGCACUAUCGUGGUAAAUCAGGCAAAAUAUAUAUCGGUAGAAAGAAUGGAAUGACAAGUACGGUAGCGGAAACUGUUGACUACCACUAUGAUGAUCCUAUAAUUCAUAUGUCUGACACACCCACAAUCCUUGGAUCUGGGGAGUCUUUAGGAGCAAAUUGCACUUACGACACCACUGGUGAUUACAAAACUUUAUUGUUUGGUGAAGAUGUCAACGUCAAUGAAAUGUGUUUUGGAUACAUUUUCUAUUAUCCAAAGGGAGGCUUAACAUCACCAGCAUGUGUUGCAAUGAACGAGAUAGACUCGUGUGAUUUGCAGAGAGAAACCAUUGAUGGAUGUGAAUGGAAGAACCUUCUUAAUGAAUCGCACCCUUCCACUAUGGACUCAAUGAGAGAUGUAUUUGACAACUGUAUGUUUGGGCGAUGUCUUCAAGAAUGCAGAAGUGUCGUGGAGGAUUACUCGACAAAUCCUUGUUACUCUGGCGAUUUGAGGGACUACCAGUUACAUGCGAUUUCACAGAUUGAGGAUGGAGAAACAAAAGCGACUUUUCUUGACUUCUGGGGUCGUCUUGAUUCCUGUGCAAUAAACAAAGAAAAUGGAGGCAGUGAAUGCGUCGUCACGGAUGGUUCGACGUCAUGUUACGGGCGUGGUGUUGUUAUUCUUAUGUUGGUGUGUUUGUUAUUUGCUUAAAUUAUGAAAAUUAACGUUUUGCAAAAAGUUCCAAUCAUAACAUUUCAUAUUGAUUAUGUAAUCAAGUGGACUUUCUUAUGUUUUAUAAGGUCUGACAUUGAAUAUGUUUAUUGCUUGUAUAAUGAGGACCAUCUGCUUGUAUAAUCAGUAAUGCACAAUUAGAAGUUCUGUAGUUUUUUUAAACAUUUGAAAAUAAAAUAAAACAAAAAAUGCCAAAACGUUAGUGACACUAUUGAAAAUCGUGUGAGGAUCGGAUCAAAUUUACGAGUGCAUGUUUAAUUAAUUGUCUGUCGAACACUAAAUAAAUUUUAACUUAUUUUGGAAGUCAUUGACGUCAAUACGAUAAGUUUGUAAGAGAACAACGUCUAAGAAUCGAUUGUUAAUAUGCUUAUAAUAUUGGUAUCAAUAUAUACUUCUAUACCCGGCCUGGAGAGAUUGUUAAUAUGCUUAUAAUAUUGGUAUCAAUAUAUACUUCUAUACCCGGCCUGGAGACUUGAUAAAUGAACUCCCAUUUUUUAUAAUUGUUUAUGUUUAUAUACUGAGACUUGGUUGGAAACUCGACGUCGAUCCUUUUCGAUACCUUUAUCGGGCGGCAUGUAAUUGAAAGUCACGAUUUAAUGGGUCAAACGUUGAAAUCCAACCAUAACUUAACGAUGAAAUACUCGUGUAAUAUCGCAAAAAUGUCGAAUACCCCGAACGAUUGUCGUAGUGGGUCCUACCACCACCAUUCAGUCGUAGCAAGUCGUAUAAUAUCUACCCUGUCGUGCUUUAUCGCAUAGGCUCUGUGUACAGUUUUUAUCGGCGAAGACGUGCGAGACCAUGCGCGUUAUACGACCGUGACUACAACAACUGUAAGGCAAUGCACGAAUGAGAUACGAGAUUCGUAAAAGAAGAAUCUUUACGGUGAGAAUGCUAAACAACUUAAGCAUUUUCCGACAAAAUGAGAGAAACGACGACACUUUUACCACAUAAAGAGACAUAGAGUGUCACAUUUAUACCACUAACACACGACAUAGAGGUUUAUUUAUUCUCCAUUAUGUGACUUUGGAUGUUCAUCUCUCGGGCUAUGCGUUUCACGAUUUUUGAUGGAUAAACAUGUGAAUAACGGAAUGUUUUUAUGCCAAUUUGAUUACCACUGUCAAUGUGAAUCAUUAAACGUGGUUCUCGACACAAACGAAUAUAGCAGGUGAAACCAACGUUUCAUCUGAAAUCCCGACUACUGUCUCUUUACUAAGCAAGUCACAAGCACCGUUUUAAUUUUUAACCAAGUCUAAAUUUCUUUUCAACACAUAAUAAAACUAAAGCGGUUUUUGCGUGGACAUAUGGGAUCUAAUGCAUAUCUGUUGGACAAGUUCUUCACUGACGCCAAACCAUAUAAGCGAACUCCUAGAUGUUUCAACUAAGAUGCCAAUACUUUGAAACCAAGCACAUGUUCUUGGUAUUAACUCAUGAAAAUUACUAACCGAUUAAUCAAAAAGCAUGUAAAAACUAUCCCUUGAGCUUUUAAAAAUAUCGUCAAUUCUUCAUUUAGCUUUAAGUUUCAACUUUUAUACUUACCUCCAUUUUCCCUGAAACCUUAAGUCCAUUACGAAGGAAUCAUGCCACGCACACUAUUUCAGGUUUGGUAUAACUUGUGUUGUAUUUCAUUUAAAGGAGUUCUUAGACUUUCAAAUAAUUUACCGUUAUGAUUAUAACGAUGAACUACGUAUUUCUUUGUAAGCUGAAUUAUAAACAGAAACACAAUCUAAAUUCACUCAGAUACUUAUUUAAGCUUAUUAUUUUUUAAUUAAAUUGUGGCCGGUUUUCGGAGAUUUACAAUAUGAAAAUGUCUCGCGCACAGUCAAGUAGUUACAUUUAGUUUUUGAUUUCCUAAUUGAAAUUAAGUAAUAUUGCAAAAGGUCCAAACUUGCUCCUAAUGUAAAGCCACAUAAUGCCAAUGCAAUGGCUAGGAGGUGUUUUGCGUUUUUCUCCAUAUACAAACAAAGGUGACCAAAAUGAAUCAAUUGUUUAUUCAAACUAUAAUUAAUUUGCGGCUUUAUUGUUUUGAUAAUC